UUGUCGGGAAAUAUUACAGGAACCCGGGAGCGCCGGCGCAGUCCCGUAGCCGACGUCGUCCCCCUCGCUCGACCGCAAGACACACGUCCAACAUGAGCAAGCUCGUCGCCAGAAUCCCGGCCAUGGCCAAGGCUGCUGUGGAAUCGACAACCCCCAAGCUAAAUACCUUCGUUCGUUAUGCUAAGGUUGAGCUAGUCCCACCUUCCCCAGCUGAAUUUGGUGCAGUAGCUCAGGGCCUUGGUAACAUUGUGAAAAGUGCACAGACUGGCGCAUGGAAAAACCUUACAGUUAAGGACGCUACCCUGAACACCCUGGUUGCUGUUGAGGUGAUGUGCUGGUUCUUCAUUGGAGAGUGCAUCGGAAAGGGCUCCCUUGUUGCCUACCAGGUGUAGAAAGUUACUGGAGCUCGUGUACUAGAUUUAUGACUGGGGAAUCAUGUAUAUUUAGAGACCAGUGUUUUCAAAUUGUACAGUUAAAUAAAUAAAGAAGUUUCUAUUUCAA